ACGUCAAUACAAGAGUACGCCUUUGGCAUUUGCGUCAUUUUUAGAAAAAGUUUUGGAUUACCAAGAAAUCGACACAAGCAGGCAUCCCGCGCCUUCUCUUGUUAGACUCUCUUACCCUUCCUUUGGAUUCACUUCCCAGUAAUAUUUCUAGCCUGAUUGAUUCCUGUUUUAUCAUUUUCUAUUGCUCAACGAUUCCCUCGUCUUUAGCGUUUUGACCAACAUCUGGUAAAAUGAUGCACCUUUCCUUCGCAAUCAAAAGGUAUGUUGCGUUUCUCAUCGCUUUUCUGAGUUUAUGGAAGGCGACAUUCUCGGUCAUUCGGUUUUCUAUGCCGGAAGAAAUGGAUGAGGGAUCUGUUGUCGCUAACUUACCCACAGACUUGGGUAUAAACAUUGAAUCUUUGACCAAACUGGAUUUGCGGCUUGAUAUAAUCGACAGCAAAAAAUACCUCCGGAUCAACAAAGACACGGGUGAGCUGUACAUUGGAGAGAAGAUAGACCGAGAAUCAUUGUGUACAUAUACUCCAUGUGUCCUGAAACUGAGUGUGAUUAUAGAAAAUCCACUACGCAUAUUUGACCUCGAAUUCGACAUAACAGAUAUUAACGACAAUGCUCCACAUUUUAGACGGGACCAGUUACAACUGGAUAUUUCAGAAUCGGCUCCUCCAGGAGUGAGGUUUUCCAUUAUGAAUGCUGUGGAUCCAGAUGCUGGUUCGAAUUCGGUGAAAACAUACUGGCUUAGUGAGAGCGAGCAUUUUAAAAUCGAACUUCAGGCAGGUACGGACGGUUCUAAAUUUGCAGAUUUAAUUUUGAAAAUGCCUUUAGACCGAGAGAAGCAGGCUGUACAUAAUCUGAUACUCAUCGCAGUAGAUGGUGGAGUACCCGCUCGUUCUGGCACUGCUAGCAUUGCUGUUCAAGUUCUGGAUGCCAACGACAACGCCCCUCAGUUUGACCAAGAUGUUUAUACUGUGGACAUAACGGAAAACUCCCCAAUAGGAAGUUUAGUAAUGAAAUUAAGCGCUACAGACACCGAUGAGGGUCCAAACGGAGACAUUGUGUACAAUUUUACCAAAUACACCUCUGUGUUAACGGAAGACAUUUUUUAUUUAAAUCCUGAUAAUGGUGAGAUAAGGGUUAAAGGGGAAAUAGAUUAUGAAAAAACGACGGCUUUCGAAAUUCACGUGGAAGCCAAAGAUAAAGGUCGCAUUCAAUUGUCAGGAAACUGUAAAUUAAUAUUUUUGGUUACUGACAUGAAUGACAACUACCCUUUAAUUAGCAUCAAAUCAUUUAUUGGUUCUGUUAAAGAAAGUGUUGCCAUUGGUACUGUAAUUGCUUUAAUAAGUGUUAGUGACCGAGACUCAGCAGAGAACGGUCAGAUCGAACUUACAAUCAACAAACAGUUGCCAUUUUCUCUACAGAAGUCGUGUGAAAGUCGUUACGAUUUGGUUGUCAUGAAACACUUAGAUCGCGAGCAGGUCCCGGAGUAUGACAUCACUUUAACCGUCCGAGACAAGGGUUCCCCACCUUUGUCUGAUAAAGAAACGGUCACUUUGGAACUCCUGGAUGUUAAUGACAACGCGCCUCGGUUCCGAAAAUCCUUCUAUACCAUCCCAGUGAUGGAAAACAACGCGCCUGGAUUGCUUCUAGGUUCUGUUACUGCAUUUGACCCUGACCUCUAUGAAAACCAGUAUCUUGUUUAUUACAUAAUUGAGAGGGAAAUCUCGAACACAUCCAUGUCAAUGCUGUUCUCAAUUAACCCAGAGAAAGGUGAUGUUUACGCACUGAAAACCUUUGACUACGAGAGAGAGAAAGAGUUCCUUUUCCACAUUGAAGCCAGAGACUCUGGUGCUCCUCCACUCAGCAGUAAUGUCACUGUCCACAUCAUUAUUCUGGAUCAGAACGACAACACCCCACUCAUAGUCUCUCCAUGGCGGGCGCACGGCUCUGUGGUUGAGGAAGUGAUCCCAAGAUCCACAGACAAAGGGCACUUGAUAGCCAAAGUGAUCGCCAUUGACUCAGACUCUGUGCAGAACUCCCGGGUCACGUAUCAGUUUCUACAAGUUCCAAAUACUGCUUUAUUCAGCCUGGACCAGUACAACGGGGAAAUCCGGACAAUGAGAAUGUUCAGCUACAGAGAUCCCCACCAUCUGCGGCUGGUAGUCAUUGCCAAGGACAAUGGAGAUCCGACUCUUUCUGCUACAGUUACCAUAAAGUUAUCAACAGUGGAGCACGUUGUUAAAGCGUUUUCUGAGACGUCUGAAGUCCCUUUGGAAUAUGAUACAUUUUCAAACUUAAACCUGUAUUUGUUGAUCGGUUUGGGCUCUGUGUCAUUUCUGCUUUUGUUGACAAUAUUGGUGACCAUCGUGCUGAAGUGUCAGAAACCAAAACCUCCCAAAGCGACCCCUCCCUGCAGAAACAGCGUUGUUAACCAGAGGAGCUCUACUGUAGUAGAUUCCACCCCGGUGUCCAACGAUGCAUACUGGUUGUUUUUAGCGGAGACGAGGAAGGGAAAGGUUGUGGUUAAGCAGCCUAUUUCGUACAUCGUUUCCAGUAUUCCCAGGAGCACUGGCCUCACAGAGACUAGCAAGUCAGCAGCUUCUAAUCUACAGUACUCAAAAUGAAAGGAACCCCCUUCCACAGCUGGAGGCAUCCACCACCAGCAGCAGUUCGACCUGAGCCCACUCCCCCAAACCCCCCUUCCCCACCAGAGAGACAUCAGGAGGACUCCAUCAGCUGUGACCACCUGACACCCCCCCCCUCGCCCCCCCGUCCAUGUCCCCGUCCCCGUCCCAAAAAAAGAGGAUGAGCCCCCCCUUCUACCAUUAUCUCAAAUUCCAUCAUUCUCUGCAAACGUCCAAUGGACUGGCGUCUGUGCCAUCUACAUCAACCACGCAUGAGCUUGCA